GCCCGCCGCGACACCGCGCGCCAGCCGCAGUGACCGCACAGCCGCCGGGUGAGACGCUCGCCGCUCGCGACACAACAUGGAGACCAAGAAGUUCACCAGGAAGGAGAUCGCCGAGAGGGACACCAAAGCGGAGACGGUGUUCGUAAUAGCCAACAAAGUGUACGAUGUAACCAAGUUCGUCGACGACCACCCCGGCGGACAUGAGAUCCUGGUAAACGUGGCCGGCAAGGACGCCUCGGAGCAGUUUGAGGAUGCCGGCCACAGCCUGGACGCCAAGGAGCUGAUGCAGAAGUACUACAUCGGGGAGCUGGUGGAGCAAGACAAGCGGCAGGUGAUCGACCGCAACGUGAACUGGAACCUGCCGCCGCUGCCCGAGGAAUCCGCGAGCGGCUUCUUCUCCUCUUGGAAGUUCCCCGCCGCACUGGGCCUGGUGCUCACCCUUCUCUACACCUAUCUCUUCGGAUAAAUUUUACGUUUAAAGAUUUUGUUCGGGCGGGAUCGAGUGUGUGAUUGUUUUGGUAGGCGGCUGGACCGGUUCUCCGGCCGCCGGUCCCCGCCUUGCGUGUAGUUGCGCUUGCGCGUUGAGGACGAACGAGUGCUUUUUUAUCUAACUAAGUAUUGUUUGUUAAUGUUUUAUACCUACCGAUGUUACGUAAGCGAUAAUAAAGUUUGACCUCCGCGCCCGCGCUAACGUCCGAGGCUCCUCUGAUUUGAGCAAAUACUCGUACAUGUAUGAGUAUGCGGCGCGAGCACGACCCAGUAGUGCGCGAGGAGGCGCGCUUAUAUUCAAGGCGAUCACUCUUCAAAUAAAUAGUCUCUGCUCUCUGCUCUCUGAUCGUCCACUCAUCGCAAUAUCUACAUGUAUAAUACUUGUAAAAUCGAACGAUUUAUCAACAAGUUAUUGUUAAAUCCGGGAAGCAAAGUGACAUAGGUAUAACAUAUAUCUAUAACAUUUAUCACCAACACAAUAAUCUAAAAAAGUAUUUAUAUAUUACCAUGUAUACUUCAGAUACAUCGUAAAUAUCAAUAAACCCUUGAUUAAUUAUAUUUU